AUGACGCUAGCCCACCAGCAAGGCCUGAAUCAAGGCAGCUCCGUCGAAGCCACGAUCCCAGACCAGCUACCAGCAUAUCAUCCGGCCCGCCUAUUCCCUUACAUCAAUCGCAACUGUCUUCUUGAACCAGACAACGUGAUCCACAAGUUCAACUACACUUCCCCGACAACGAAUAAUGGCCCCUUCACGCCCGAAGAAAAACUGAUCUUCACCCUCGCCUUCGCCUCCACGCCCAAGACCUUCGAUCAAAUCGCUGCGGUCCUCCCAGGCCGGACGAGGGAGGAUUGUAUUUGGUAUUACUACGCCCAUAAAUGGGACGGGAGGUUCAAGAUCCAGACGAUGGAGAAAUCGGUGCAGCAAGCUCAGAGUCGGCGGCACGGCGGACUAGGCCAAGCUGUCGUGGGCACCGCGACUGAAAUCGUGAGGUUCAAGAUGUCGUAUUUUAUCCCCGAGCACGGCGGAGAUGACCAGACAGAGAGUGUUCUCAGCGUACGCGACAUCUUCACUGAAGCGUACCUGCAGCGUAAGUGGAAACGAGACGUCCCGCCUAUCCAUCAGGAGAUCGACCGCUUAAGUGCGCUGAAUCCAGCAACAGCCAAAGCCUGGAACAAAACACCAGUAUGGAGCACAAUCCCAACCACGCUCCUCCGUCGACCAGCCCUAGAAAUCCUACGUCUGAGCGCCAAAUCACCAGAUCGGCCCCUGACAGAUCAGAAACUCUGCUCAUGGUUGCGAUCCGUCGAUGUCCUGCCACUGAUCAAAAGAUGGAAAACCGAAUGCCUAGACGACCCAGCCAUCUUCCGAGAUCUCCAGCGCACACUAUCCAGCUCCGAAAAGCCCUGGGACGAGGAGGCGGUGCGAGUAGCGACUCUCGCCCUGGUCGGCCGAAACAACAACCGCAACAGCAACGGUACCAGGACGACGCAGAUCCAAGUAGAGCCACCACAAUCCCACUCCUCCCUAACAAUCACCGCCAAAUACGCCGCCCGAGUAGCCCACGGCAAUACAGCUCUCUGGACCACCUUCGCGCCACCAACCCCGAUUACUAGCACGACGGAUGCUCUAGACCGCCAUCUCCUCGCCACAUUAGUACUUUUCACAGCCUACGCCGACAUCCUACGGCACGGGGAGUGCGGUUUCUUCGGUGUCUUACUCCAGAGUCCCUUAGUGGGGAUGCUCAAGACGGGUGUCCGGGAGAAAUGGGAGACGAAGUUUUUGAUCCGAAGUGAGGUCGAGGAAGCCGCUGUUGUGGAGGGAGUGUUGCAGCAGCUCCCGAUUUGGAUGCCUCCUGUGGUGAUGGAUGGGCGGCCGAUACGAGAGGUCGAAGUGUUAGCACGAGAGGAGGAUCGGCAGGGGUCCAGGACCAUAAGGGCGCAGCGUGAAGUCGUCGGCGGGGUACAAAGUAUCGAGGUCACGAGACUGAAGGGAACGCUGGCUCGAAGGCGUCAUCGUCGUCCAUAG